AUGCUUCGUGGCGGACUUAUGGCUAUUGUCUUUCAACACAUGAUGAACCAACCAUUGGGUAGUAUUGACGAGUCUAGUGCUAUUUCCCUCAUGGGUACUGACAUCGAGAUGCUUGCUGAAUACUUCCAGUCCACAGUCUGUGAGAUUUGGGCCAAUAUCCUCCAGUUGGGACUGGCCACCUGGCUUCUUCAAACCCAGGUAGGUGCUGUUUGUAUCGCACCUAUCGUGGUAGUAAUAAUUUUCACGGUGGCAUCGCUCGGCAUGGGGCAUGCUGUGUCUUCACGGCAGAAAUCUUGGCUCCAGGCUACUGAGAAACGCAUCAACUUCACAACUGCUAUCCUCGGAUCUAUCCAAAAAAUCAAGUUCCUUGGAUUAACCGAGAUUAUGGGGGCUAUGAUCAAUGCCUUGCGCGAUGACGAGCUCAGGGUCUCCAAAAGAUUCCGACGAAUUCAGACAGUUCGUGUCUGCAUGGCUAUGGUGCAAGGCUCCAGCGGCCUAAAGGUCUCGCAGGCCAUCACAUCGCUCUCACUGGUUAAUCUGCUGGUUACUCCCCUCUCCAAUCUCUUGCUAGCCAUUCCAGACACAUUCGCAUCGAUAGGUUGUCUCAAUCGAAUACAGAACUUCCUCAAGCAGCCAAAUCGCCCUGGUGAGUGUCUAGCUAUCAUUGUAGCCUGGCCAAUUCUGUGA